CAUUACAUUCGUUUAGUUUUUAAUAUCGACAAUUUAAUAAACAAAAUUCAAAAACACUGUUCUAGAAGAAUUUCCCUUGAUGCAAGCAAAUAAAAAUAAAACAAAUCCAAAAUUAUUAAUUUCAAAUACACCCAAAGUUUUCCACAAUCAACUUGACCAAAAGAUUUGCUAGCAAAUCACGAAGCAUAGCCGAUCGAAAGUGCGAAACACAUUCACUUUCGCUUCGCAGCAUCUCCGAAAAGUAAACAAAACUGUUGAAUAAACCAAAAAACAUUAAGACGCCUGCGUAAAGAGCUUCGUGUAGUGCACGAGAUACAAGUUCGCCAAUAUCUAAAAAAGAAAAAAUUUUAUUAUUUGGCAAAUUCGAAAACAGAACGCCAACGAAACACAAAAGCAUAAAAUCAAGUGUGACUACGUGAAAACUUAACAGUUUGCCGAUGCGUUUGAAAGCGAGCGUUUGAAGAAAUUCUUAGCAAGCAGGGAAAUAUUGUGGAUAAAUAAUAAAUAAAUCCUUCGUAGGCGGUGAAAGUGCCGAGUGCAACAGAGCAAGAAAUAAACAUAAAAAAAAAAUAUUGCAUUUAAUUUCAAUUUAGUGUUUGAGGAAAAUACAUACAUACAUAUACAUUAAAUUUUAAGCAAAAACAUGGCACCAGCAAUCGGUAUUGAUUUGGGCACCACCUACUCCUGCGUCGGCGUUUGGCAAAAUAAUAAAGUCGAAAUAAUUGCCAAUGAUCAGGGUAAUCGCACCACGCCCAGUUAUGUGGCUUUCAACGAUACCGAACGUCUGAUCGGCGAUGCGGCCAAGAAUCAGGUCGCCAUGAACGCCAAAAACACAGUAUUUGAUGCCAAGCGUCUGAUUGGUCGCCGCUUCGAUGAUACGAAAAUUCAAGAAGACAUGAAACACUGGCCCUUCAAAGUGGUCAACGACUGUGGCAAACCUAAGAUCGAGAUCGAAUUCAAGGGUGAAAUGAAACGUUUUGCACCUGAGGAAAUCAGUUCAAUGGUAUUGACGAAGAUGCGUGAGAUCGCCGAAGUCUAUUUGGGUGGCAAGGUUACCGAUGCCGUUAUUACUGUGCCGGCCUAUUUCAAUGACAGCCAACGUCAAGCCACCAAAGAUGCCGGUUCCAUUGCUGGCCUCAAUGUGCUGCGUAUUAUAAAUGAACCCACCGCUGCUGCUUUGGCCUACGGUUUGGAUAAGAAUUUGAAGGGUGAAAAGAAUGUGCUGAUUUUUGAUUUGGGCGGUGGUACUUUUGAUGUGUCCAUUUUGUCCAUUGAUGAGGGCUCACUGUUCGAGGUGAAAUCGACAGCUGGCGAUACACAUUUGGGCGGCGAAGAUUUUGAUAAUCGACUUGUCAAUCAUUUUGUUGAAGAAUUCAAACGCAAGCACAAACGCGACUUGUCAUCGAAUGUACGCGCUUUGCGUCGUCUACGCACAGCUUGUGAGCGCGCCAAACGUACACUCUCCAGCAGCACAGAAGCAUCUAUUGAAAUUGAUGCGCUACAUGAGGGUAUUGAUUUCUAUUCAAAGAUUAGUCGCGCUCGUUUCGAGGAACUCAAUAUGGACUUGUUUCGCUCAACUUUGCAACCAGUUGAGCGCGCAUUGAAUGAUGCGAAAAUGGACAAAGCUGCCAUUCAUGACGUUGUAUUGGUGGGCGGUUCGACACGCAUUCCGAAAAUACAAAAGAUGCUGCAAGACUUCUUCGGUGGCAAGCAGCUCAACUUGUCCAUAAAUCCAGAUGAGGCUGUGGCUUACGGUGCUGCUGUGCAAGCUGCCAUUCUUACUGGUGUCGGCAGCUCACAAAUUCAGGAUGUCUUGCUGGUGGAUGUUACGCCACUUUCGUUGGGUAUCGAAACUGCCGGCGGCGUAAUGACCAAGUUGAUUGAACGUAACGCACGUAUUCCAUGCAAACAGCAACAAACAUUCACCACAUACAGUGAUAAUCAGAAUGCGGUUACAAUACAAGUCUAUGAAGGUGAACGUGCUAUGACGAAGGACAACAAUCUCUUGGGUACUUUCAAUCUCACCGGCAUACCGCCAGCACCACGUGGUGUACCAAAAAUUGAAGUCACUUUUGAUCUCAAUGCCGACGGUAUUCUACAUGUAUCUGCUAAGGAUAACAGUACCGGAAAGUCUGAGAAGAUCACCAUCACAAAUGAUAAGGGCCGUCUGUCGAAGGCCGAAAUCGAUCGCAUGCUUUCGGACGCGGAACGUUAUAAGGAUGAGGAUGAGAAACAGAGACAACGCAUAACAGCACGAAAUGCUUUGGAGAGCUACAUUUUCAGCUGCAAACAGGCUGUUGAAGACGCACCCGCUGGACGCCUAACAGAUUCCGAUAAGACAACUGUGCGUGAUAAAUGUACUUCUGAGAUGUCAUGGCUCGAUGCCAAUACACUCGCUGAAAAAGAUGAAUUUGAUGAUCAUCUGAAGGAGUGUCAACGCAUCUGUGGACCAAUUAUGGCCAAAAUGCAUGGCGCUGCUGGAAGCGGCGACGCAGAUGCGGGCAAAGGAGCGCAGAGCGGACGUGCUGGCGGCCCAACUGUGGAGGAGGUCGACUAAAGUGCAGCAAAAAUGUCUGAUUUCACGCGCAUAAACAUUUUGAUUUACUUUUUGUUAUUGUUAUAU